GUGUAUCUGUUUCGACAGCAGGAAAAAAGAGACGAAGAAGCCUCUAAGUGGAAGUAAGGGAAAACAAAGCUAACCCGCUAACAAGCGGAUAAUCUUUUUGCAGAAGAUGUCAGCAGAUACUAAGAUCGCUGAGCUGCUCACUGAACUCCAUCAACUCAUCAGACACACGCAGGAGGAGCGGUCACGCAGCGAACACAACCUGCUCAACAUCCACAAAACCCACGAAAGGAUGCAAACGGAAAACAAAACGUCGCCGUACUACCGCACCAAGUUGAGAGGACUUUACACUACUGCCAAGGCCGACGCGGAGGCGGAGUGUGGGAUCCUGCGUCGUGCACUGGACAAAAUAGCCGAGAUCAAGUCGUUAUUAGAGGAGCGAAGGAUCGCCGCCAAGAUGGCCGGAGUUUACAGCGACAGUGACCCCCGGAAGACCAUGCGACGUGGCGUCCUCAUGACGCUUCUCCAGCAGUCGGCCAUGACGCUGCCGCUCUGGAUUGGCAAGCCUGGCGAGAGCCCGCCCCCUCUGUGUGGGGCCACGCCCGCCAGCGGUGACUAUGUGGCCAAGCAGGGAGACAAGGUAGCGGCCAGGGUCAAGGCGGUGGACGGAGACGAGCAGUGGAUCCUGGCAGAGGUUGUGAGCUACAGCCACGCUGCAAACAAGUACGAGGUGGAUGACAUCGAUGAAGAGGGCAAAGAGCGACACACUCUGAGCAGGCGUCGCAUCAUCCCGCUGCCGCAAUGGAAGGCCAACCCAGAGACGGACCCCGAGGCGCUUUUCAGCAAAGACCAGCUGGUGCUCGCCCUUUACCCACAGACCACCUGCUUCUACCGCGCCCUCAUACACGCCCCACCGCACAGGCCCCAGGACGACUACUCGGUGCUGUUCGAAGACACGUCGUACGCCGACGGGUACUCACCGCCUCUCAACGUGGCUCAACGUUACGUGGUAGCCUGCAAGGAGAACAAGAAGAAGUAAAAGCAAACCAAAGUGCGCAAGACAUCGUCGCACAUCACCUUCGCCUCAAACGCCACCUAGUGGCAAAGCAAGGAAGUGCAUUCUGCCAAAAGAAUCAUUUGGUUUUUUUUUUUAACUUGCAAGGAAAUAUGUCAUUAAUAUUAACUGUAAAUAGUAAAAUAUGUGUGAAAUGGUUUUUAAACAUUAAAAGAUACAGAAUGA